UCCAGACUUCCGCUGGGAUCCCCCGAGCAGCUCUGCCGGAGCAGCGGGGUUAAGUGCCUUGCUCAGGGACAGCUCGAUGAGUCGGCUGACGGCUGUCUAAAGCGCAAACGGAGAAAGACAACCCCACCCACAUCCUCCACCUCGCCCCCGUGGAAUCGAACCACCAACUUCCCUCGCCACGGUCACCGUGAUAGUCACACCGAAAACCAGGGAGACCCCCGUGUGCCCCUGUGUAACUUGGUUCUCCUUUAAAUUUUUCCUCCGUGGCUUUGGGUACUACAUCUGCCACUACCAUCAGCAGCAGCAGCGCUGCUUCUUCUUGAUGUUGUGGUGGGGAACACGCAUGCGCCCGGCAUUGGAAUUACUGCACUGGCAAGAAUAAGUUGGACCUCGUCUGUCUUCACUAAAAGAAAAAUACACACAACAUAAGUAUGGCAGUGCUGAGAAUAAGAAGAAUGAGGUGCUUUUGCGUCUGGUUGUUCCCUCUCGUAGUGACCGCGGUGUGCGCCCAAAGUGCCGGUGUCAAUGACCCUAGCAAUAUGUCUUUGGUUAAAGAAACGGUGGAUAGGCUGUUGAAAGGUUAUGAUAUACGAUUGAGGCCAGAUUUCGGAGGUCCUCCGGUUGGAGUGGGGAUGAAUAUAGACAUAGCCAGCAUAGACAUGGUAUCAGAAGUCAAUAUGGACUACACUUUGACGAUGUACUUCCAGCAGGCCUGGCGAGACAAACGGCUGUCCUACUCCGAGAUCCCCCUCAACCUGACCUUAGAUAACCGGGUGGCUGACCAGCUCUGGGUCCCCGACACCUACUUCCUCAACGACAAGAAAUCAUUUGUCCACGGAGUCACAGUGAAAAACAGAAUGAUCCGACUGCACCCGGACGGCACCGUACUGUACGGUCUAAGGAUCACUACCACCGCCGCUUGUAUGAUGGACCUGAGAAGGUACCCACUGGAUGAGCAAAACUGCACACUGGAGAUAGAGAGCUAUGGCUACACUACAGAUGACAUUGAGUUCUACUGGCGCGGAGGAGACAACGCCGUGACGGGGGUGGACAAGAUCGAACUGCCCCAGUUCUCCAUUGUGGAUCAUAAGCUCAUCUCAAAGAAUGUCGUGUUCUCCACAGGUGCUUACCCUCGUCUGUCCCUUAGUUUUAAGCUGAAGAGAAACAUCGGGUACUUCAUCCUGCAGACAUACAUGCCUUCUAUACUUAUCACCAUCCUGUCCUGGGUCUCCUUCUGGAUCAACUACGACGCCUCUGCUGCCAGGGUGGCUCUGGGUAUCACUACGGUGCUCACCAUGACUACCAUUAACACCCACCUGAGAGAAACCCUCCCCAAAAUCCCUUACGUCAAGGCCAUAGACAUGUACCUCAUGGGCUGCUUCGUCUUUGUGUUCCUGGCUCUGCUGGAGUACGCGCUGGUAAACUACAUCUUCUUUGGAAGGGGCCCUCAGCGUCAGAAAAAGGCAGCUGAGAAACUAACUACAGCCAACAAUGAAAAGAUGAGGAUGGAUCCGAAUAAGUGGCUGGUGGGGAAUGUAGUUGGCAGAGACGAUACUCUGUAUGCAAGAAUGAAACAAAGGGAUCUCGAUGGUCAUGACUCCAUGUGGGAACCAAUCUUUGUGGAUGAUGCAGCUAUUGGACUCGGCGAUCAAAAGAAUAAGAUGGACCCUCAUGAAAACAUCCUUCUGGGCACCCUGGACAUCAAAAACGACAUGGGCGUUUCAGAGCUCGCUCUGGGUCUCAACGACCCACGCAAUACCAUGCUGACAUACGACAGUUCGACUCUACAGUACCGCAAAGCUGGACUGGCCAGGCACAACUUUGGCCGAAACACACUGGAGUGCCACAUGACUCAAAAGAAGAGCCGACUACGAAGGCGCGCUUCACAACUAAAGAUCAACAUCCCAGACUUGACUGAUGUAAACUCUAUUGACAAAUGGUCGAGGAUGAUCUUCCCAACUGUCUUCUCCUUCUUCAAUGUUGUUUACUGGCUUUAUUACGUCAACUAAAAGAAACAAAGGACAUCAGCGAGAACAAACAGCAAAAUAUGUUGCUCAUUUGUUGUUUGUAUCUGGUUUGUUUCAUUUUUAUGUGAUCUUGUAAACUGGACUGAAUGACUAUAUUCAGGACUGGAUCCAUCAUAUCUUGGAAUACCACAUUUGCUGGCUAACACGAAAAAACCUUAUAAAAGAGAGAUUACAAACAUAUAAGGUGCCUGUUCCUGAGUAAUUGUUUAAAAUUUUACAUAUUUUGUGAUUUGUGUAUCUUGCCAUUUUUUUAAUGUUUGCAUAGUUUUUUUUAUGUCUUUGUUAUGUUGGAUUUAAAGCAUACACAAUUCAUUGCCAAAAUAUCAUGUUAGUUAAAUACUAAUUGACAAGUUGACAUAUUUAAAUGACCAUUUACUUUCACUGGCACUACUUAAAAAGUGCUGAAGUGAGUUUAAAGUCAGCAGGAUUUUUUUAAGAUUCAUUGUAUCAAAGACACGAAAUGUAUUACUAGAAUUAAUUUCAUACUUACAAGGGCCUGAAGCUUACAAUUUACAAUAUCAUGUAAGGUAAAAAAAAAAAAAAAAAUUAAAAUCAACUUUUUUUUUCUUUAAUAUACUUGGAGCACUAUAUAAUUUAUUUGUAAGCAUUUUCUCAGUUCGUCAACUAUUUUAAUAGGGCGGUAUUAACUAAUAUCAACUAAGAGCAUUCCAAAACUUCCAGGUUUGAACUCUGAUUGCACUGAAGAAGCCUCCUGAAGGAAAAAAAUGGCAUAAUAUAAAGAAGGAUAAAGCUAAAACAGCCAAUUUGAAUUGUCAUUAUUGUGUUUUGUCCACUGUGUCUGAUAGAGGAGAGUAAAGAACAAAAAGAGAGAGCGCAAAAUAUGUAAGAAAAAAAUCCAUAGCCAAAUUGGUUGUACUUAUAUAUUAUUAUAUUUAUUAAUAUUAGACUUUACCCCUAUGUGUAUAUACACGGCAUAGAUGCUUUUGAGGGACGACUGUGUCUGAAGAAAGUAGUUUAGUAUAUGUAAAUAUCACCUUUCAAUAUAGGGAUUAUAUGACCAAAAAAAAUCCCUUUCCAGCUCUCUAUCUCACUUUCUUGGAUAUAUAUUUACAACACUGAUUAAAAAGAAAAGGUUCACAACUACUAAGGAGGCACUUUAUUAGCUAUGACAAUUCUUUCAUGGUUAAAUGAUAAUUGAAUGGUAAAGCUAAAAGGACUGCAUUUGUCCACAGAGAGGCCAGAAUGCAUUGAAAGCACAAAAACUUCAAAUAUCAGCUUGUGACACCAUUUUUUAAAUAUUUUUUUCUAUGCAGAUGAUUUGUCAUUUUGUUAUCAGUGAGUUUCAAUAUCUGCCUCCCAAACCAGAUUAUUAUAAUUAUCAUAGGUUUCAAACCUCUCAGUCAUGCGUUGUUUCCAGAUUGAAAAAAUGGGUUGAUGAUCAUAAAAGGACAUAGCCGUAAAUCCAAAUUUUACUAACGAUGCUGUGCUUUUGACUGUAUGUACACAAGGUAGAUUUUAUAAGACUUUGCACACGAGUUUUUCAAAGCCAUAGAGGCUGUUACCGUAGUUCUUCUAAUACCUGGUGCUUAUGGGGGCUGUCUUAAGAGGAACUUUAUUAUUAUCAAUAUGACUACGAUCACGCUUUAUGUUUCAGUUACAACAAGGUUAAAAUGUACAAAUAUAACUAGGGCUGCAACUCACAAGAGUGUCGUAUCCCUCUCCCCAUCGAAUUGCUCACACUGUCCGUAUGAAUGAACUCUGGCGUUAAUGGCCUCUUUUUCACGUACGCAAAUCAUUCAUCGAAGAGUGGAAUGCAACGUCUCGAGACAGAGUGAGGGUCACUGUCAGGGACAAAGGCUCAUCUACAGGGACACUGAUGAAGACAUAGAAAGGAAGAGAAGGUGACUCUUUCAGAAAUCACAGUAAAAUCAGAACUAGCAACUAAAGCUGUCGUCUCACAUGGUUCUUUGAGAUCAUCCAAAACAACAAAGAUCUCACUCCAAGGGUUAAUUUCUGCUGGUUUGCCAUUCAUUUUGAUUGUGAAUGUGUGAGUGAACACUUUAACAUUAAUAUUCUACUUGUUUACUUAAAAUGUAGCCACAUAGAGUUUUGUCUCAGUGCAUGCUCUGUAACGUAGUAACUCCUUGAUAUUUCUGUUUUUGCUCACGUUCUCCUUUCUCACUGAAUUGUUUCAUUUCAUUUGUGCUUUUUGUGUUUGAUACAAAUGAGUGCACAUACAUAUGUAAUUAAUUUAUUUAAAAAAAAGAGUGUGAUGAUUGGUAUUGCGAAUAUUAAUGAUGUUAUUUAAAAUAUAUACAUUUUUCUAAAAAGCAUUUACAUAACAGUUACGCCUGUUUUAAUAAUGACACAAUGAUGGAUUUUCACAAGCACUGCCCAACAACUGAAAUGUAAACUUUGAUUGAACUUUGUGUUUAACUCUUGGAACUUACAAUAACCUCACUGGUGUUUACAUGUUACUCAUCGAAAUUUUCACACUGUGUUGAUCUAGCUAUUGAGAACUGCGCAUAGUAAGUAAAUUACGUUUUGUUUUGGGAGUUUCUUUAUGGUUCUGGUGAAUAUUUCAAACAAAACUGAUCCCAUCUUUCAUAUUUUCAGUGUUUUUGUAAGUUUUUAAAAAAUACACAUGUGAAGGGAUCCAGAUAGAUUCUAGAAACCUGAUUAUUGGCGUUGUAUGUUUUUCUAAAAAUAACAAUGAGUUGAACUCAAAUUUGGGAUCACGUCCCAAAAAAAACCACAUAUUUAAAAAGUAUGUAUAUAUGAGAUAGUAUAUUAUUAAGCAGCAAUUGGAGCAUAUUAUUCCUGUAAAUAAUUACCUAUGAGCGUUCAAUGAAAAAGACAAAAAGGACAUUUUCGAUAUAAUUCAUACUGUAAUGUUAAGAGAAUGCAAAGGCUGAUGUGAAACUAUGUAAAUAGUCUAUUUUAGAGUGUCACUUGAUCAUUUUUCUGUUUCUUUUUGCUGUUUGUCAAAGCACAUUUCUUUGGUUUUGCCAAAAUGUAACAUAUAUUCAUGAAUGUAGUUGAUAUUCUUUUGCAGCAUGUAUUUGCUGCAAUGUGUCAGCAAAAGUAUACAAUUUCUUGUACCAAUGAUCAGCUCAAUACAGCUUAAUGUACACCACCUUUUAAAACACACGUGCACACACACACACACACACACACACAAAGGGUCAAGUGAUAAAAAGGCUAGCGAUGCCUUCGUAUCAACCCCGAAAGUCAACCAUCUCAGGUCAGCACAAAUCACACCGCUAACAACACUACAACCACUAACUACAACUUCUACCCAAGAAUUGUACUUAAGGAAAAGUACCUUAGUGAGCUUGUUUCAGAUGUUUUCUCUUUAAUGUGUUUGCUUUCUCUGUUCGACACGAGUCCCUAAAUACUGUACACGGUACAUGUUUACUGUACGGCACACUUUUUCAACAACGACAGAAACUAAACACCUAGAAUACUUUAAAAGUCAUUAAGGUACUAAAUCCACCUCAGCCAUAUAAUGUCUCAACCUACCCAGUAUAAAUAUAUUUCUUAAUCUUCAGAAUAAUAGCGUAUGUGGUAUGACAUGGUGUAUUUGAGUGUGAGAGUGUGUAGUGGAUGUAUGUCGGCCAGACAGUGUUUCCAAAGCACACCAACAACUGGCAAGAAAGGUCUGCUUCAUAAGUUCUACACUUUGAAUAUGUGUUUGUACUUCACAACGCUUUUUGGUUUCAUAUAUUUUUAUACUUCUAUACUCCUGUGUAAAAAAAAAACUGCAAACACUGUUGUUUGGCAAAACCUUGUAAAUCCAAUUUUGGCAAUUUUCACAUUUAUACUAUACAGAAUGAUUAUAUUAUCGUCUCGGGAUUCUGAAAACUCAACGACAUGUAUGCUUACAAAAUCCUGUCCUAAAUGGUUUGAAAAUGGCUUUUUUUCUCUCUUCAUUCCUGGAAAGCCGAGGUGUUUUUGGAAAUGCAAGGUUUUCAUCAGACAGUAGAGUCUUCUCUGGAGAGCAAGGACAGACUGACAUCCCUAAAAGCCUAAAUGACACAUCUUGGUGACAGUGUAUGUUUGCACACACUCACAGAAGAAGCCUUAGCCUCCUGCUGCCCUGGACUUCACUCCAAGGAGCAUCAAUCCUUCUUACCCUCUCAACACCCUGCACCUUGAAAAAUCCUUGUAUGUGCCACUCACAAGAACAUUCCCAGAAACCCAGAGCUGUACCUUCUCAAAG